AUGAGAUUGGCAAACGAAUCUGUGAGGAGAGCCAGACACCCAAUUCCAACUAUCGCCGAGGUUCUACAAGAUUUCAACCAGAGUAAAAUCUUCAGCAAGCUUGACAUCAAGUGGGCCUACCAUCAAGAAGAACUGUCAGAAGAUGCGAGAGACAUAACGACAUUCAUCACUCACAAGGGACUGUAUCGUUACAAACGGUUAAUGUUUGGCAUAUCCUGUGCACCUGAAAUGUACCAAAAGGUUUUACAGCAACUAUUACAGAACUGUGACAGAGCACACAACAUACUUGAUGACAUCAUCGUGCAUGCAGCAACAGACGAAGAACACGACAAACGAUUGAGACAAGUAUUGGAUGUAAUACGAGACCGAGGGAUGAAACUGAACCCGGACAUGUGUCUAUUCAAGAUGAAGAAACUUGAGUUCAUGGGGCAUGUACUUUCAGAUCAAGGAAUAGGACCUACAGAGACAAAGAUAAAAGCAGUGCAGGAAGCCAGGGCACCUGAAAGUGCAAGUGAAUUUAUCAGCGAACAGUUCAAAACAUUCAUGCAAGUGAAUGGUAUCCAGCAUGGGACAACUACACCAUUGUGGCCUCAAGCGAAUGGAGAAGUAGAACGGCAAAAUCGUUCUAUACUGAAGCGGAUCAAAAUUGUUCAAGCAGAAGGCGGAGACUGGAAAUCAGAGUUAGAUCAUUACUUGAUAAUGUACUGGAGUACACCACACUCGACAACUGGGAGAAGUCCAGCGGAGCUGAUGUACAAGAGAAUCAUCAGGACGAAGAUACCACAAAUUCAAGACUACCAGAAGGAAGACAGUGAAGUACGAGACAGAGACAACGAGAAGAAAGGAAAAGAGUAUGCUGAUCAGAGGAGGAGAGCUUGUGAAAGAUGA